AUUCGCGACGCCGAAAAGCGCGACGAGGCGUGGGAGCGACAGCAUCAAUGGGGGGCCGAGCGCAUGCGAGACGUCAUAGAAGAUUUCGGUGGAUUUUAUAGAAAGGUUGGACAAAUCGCGGGCACGGCGAAACAGAUGAUGCCGGCGCCGUACAUUGAGUGCUUUUCGAAAACCAUGGACAACAAUCCGCCGGUUUCGUUUCGCGAGGUGCGAAAGACGUUGGAGGAAUCUCUCGGUGGACACCUCGGAGAGCACUUUGCCGAGCUCAGUCGUAAGCCUGUGGCGACGGCGUCGAUCGCGCAGGUGCACUUCGGGCGUUUACUCGACGGCCGUGAAGUGGCGGUGAAAGUGCAAGCGACGGACGCGGCGAUGAUGAUCGGCGACAUCGAGAGCAUGUUGCAAACCACCAAAGCCAUGCGUUGGCUCGGUCUCGACGAAGGGCUAGAUUUCCCGACCAUUUUUCGCGCUUACUUGGACGUCGUCGACGAAGAGUUCGAUUUCACCAUCGAAGGCGCGAAGACGGAAGAGUUUGGAAAGUUGCUCGACGCGGCGGGUUUGGCGGAUCGCAUAUCCGUGCCGCAAGUCAUAAUGUCGACGCGUCGCGUGUUGAUCAUGCGACGCGUUCGCGGGAUGAAACUGCUGACGCUUUUCAAUCGCGCGCGGGCGCAGAACAAAAUUCCACGCUGCCCCACGCCCGUGUCCAAGUGUCACGGCGCGGGUGGGUUCGGCUGGCAAGGCGUGUUUCACUCAAUGUUCACCGCGUGGGGGGUGAUGAUGUUGAAGCACGGUCACUUCCACACCGAUCCGCAUCCAGGAAAUUUCAUGGUCGCUAACGAUGGAAAGCUAGUCUUGCUCGACUGGGGACAAACCAAGCGCGUGAGCGAGGUAGAGCGCAUGCACAUGUGUCGGUUGUCGCUGUACAUGGCGAACGAAGACCACGUGUCCAUCGCGCGGGAAAUUAGCGAACACGGCACCGUGCGACUCCAGCGCCCGACCACGGAAGCGUUGAGCGCGCUCGCGUACGCAUACUUUGAUACGCGGCCGUCGCCUUUGGCGGAAAUGAACGUCAUGGAUCUAAAGAACUCUCCAUUCGUGCAGAAUAAAAUUGUACAAAACACGCAAGAGGGCUUCUUCGCGAUACGAAGCGUCUUUCUCUUGCGCGGUAUGCUCAGCACGUGCGGCUUGCGCAUGUCCAUGGUCGAGGCGUGGGAAGCCAUCGCGCGCAACGCGCUCGUACUCAACGGUGAAGUCCCGCCCAGUCGA